AUGAAUAAAAGCAGACGUUCCACCAGUUGCCCGAGCUUCAUAUCACAAACCAGCAGAACUUUAAGACGCGAAGUUUCAAACAAUAGGCGUCUCCUUAAACGGAUUCAGAGGCAUUACCACCGUAAAUUGCCAAGACUUUUAGGCAAGCCAAUAAAGCUCUGUGACUUGUUCGUGGCUGUGAUAUCCCGGGGAGGUUACAAAACAGUAUGUGAUCGUGGACUGUGGUUGGAUGUGGCGAGAGAGCUCAACUUACCAUUGCAAUGUGCGAAUGCAAGUGUGGGUUUGCGGAGAAUCUAUUAUCAAUUCUUGAGUCAUUUUGAAAUUAAAGAAUAUCCUGCUCUUUCUGAGCAAUUUCUGGUACAGACACUUGUGGAGCCGGAUAUUGAACCGGAAAGUAUAUGCCUCCCUCUUUCUGCAGUCGAACGAAGUCUUGGAAUUGGUACAUCGCAUCAACAUGGUUACAUGACAUCUCACUCAGCAGGUGAUUUUCUUGACCGGUCAUACCGAUCUCGCUUCUUCCCUUUAACUCAGGAACCUGGUCAAACUAAUAGAGAAUUCUCUGUGCUCAGUCAAGACAAUGAUACUUCCGACUCCAAUCAUCAUUUAGAUGAAUUCCCUGACUUAUAUGAGCCAUCACAACUGCGAUUGGUAGAAUCAGCUCUUUGUUCAGGUCUACCAAAUGAAAUAGAAGUUGCCUUGAACGCCUUGCUUGUCCUGUCGAUAACUCCAUCAUCUGGUUCGUCGACUAGUGUUCGAAUAGCUCAUUGCCCUAAUCUGCUCUCCCUCCUUUUAGCCUCUGUUGGCAUAUAUGGCGAAGGUUUCGGAUCGUAUAUUUCCUGUGAUGAAACAUGGAGACGUCAAAGCCAGCUAGAUUUUUUAAAGUUUUGGUACAAUGCUGUUCGUCAGCCUUCUGGUCGUGUUUUUCUUCGCCCUGAUGUAUUCAUUAAUGCUGAGUAUACUUCCGAUGAGAUUGAUACAGAUGAAGAGAAAGCCUUAAAUGAACUUUUCGCUCCAUCUUCCAAUGAAUUCUAUAAAUCCCAUUGGUGUAUAGAAGGUUGUGAAGGUUCCCGUGUUCUACUGAUUGCUACAAUUCUUGUUAAUUUAGUAACUCCACCACCUGUUGUCUACGCGUCAUCUGCCACCGGUGAAGAUGAUGAUGAUGAUGAACUUGAUUUUGGACCUAUUGGACCGUGUAGUCUUUUUCCAAAUGGUAUACCUCUUGCAACAUGGCGGGAUAAUGCACGUGUUAUUGCCGCAAAUCCAAACGCUCUACGCUUUAUCUAUCUAUGUUGUUAUGCUCAGCAUUCAGGUUUAAAAUCUCUGGGUUUACAACUACUCUCAAGUAUACGCUAUCCAUUGGAUCCGCCUAGUGUACCACUUCCUCUGGAUUGUCCAAAUGAUUGGACACCGUUAAUUGAUAAUGGUUGUCGUCUUGGACAAUUGACUUUAGCAUUUCUAACUCGAUGCAUUCUAGAGAGCAGUGAUCGUUGUGAUUUGAUUGCGGGUUUGAUGUUUCUGGCUAAUUUAACCAAAGUACGCGAUAAAGGGAAUCUAUCUAGUCUCGUAGUUGGUCUACCUCAAACUGUUUGGCCACGGCUUGCUCAGUUGUUAUGUUUGCCAGAUUUAGCAAUUGUAUGUGCUACUUUAGAAGCUAUGCGCUGCUUGACAAACUUGGAUGCAACAACAUGUGUUACAUGUUGGGAGUCUUGUUGCUCAAAUCUGGAUUCACUGGACGGUGGUGGUGGUAGAAACAUUCCUUUUAUUUUACUUCAACCUUUGUUAGCAUUGUUAACAUUGGAAGGUCAGGCGAUGGGAUCACAAUCCCUUCAUCGUAUUAGGCUGUUACCUCGUAAUCCACAAAUUCAAUCACAACCUCAACUCUCGCAUGCGCCCAAUUUUCGAAUACCUGUGCCCAGUCGUAUACCACCUCCUAGUGUGAAUGACCUUAAUCGGCCUCGAGAAUCACUGCAUGCUAAUAGUGGACAAACAUUUAAGACGUAUAUCCUUCCAAAAUCCCCUUCUAAACUGCAUUCAAUCCCAUCCGAUUCUAAUUUUAUUAAUGAUCUUCGUAAUCCUGCUACUACUUCUUCCUUUCAUAGUUUAAAAUCUGAAUCCAGUACUCCACUGAAACCAUCCAUUAUCACACCAGUAUCUUGUAUGCCACAACCGGUUUACAGACCUCAAAGUGGAAGUACUGCUUGCUCAGGUCUUAUCAAUUUACUCUCUUCAACAACACCAUCCUCUUCAUCAUCCUCAAACUUAAUUGUAUCCUCAACGCUGCUGGAUUCAGCAUCUUCCAACUCUACCAUCAACAACAACACAUCGCCUAAAACAAUAACACCAAGUUUAUCAGAACUGACAGACCGGUUACAAAUGCCACCACCGUCUUUACCGCCGCCAUCUGCGUUACGUCGGUCGGGAAAAUGGCCUCAACCACGAAAUAGCCUGCCGUCAUCUCCACCCCCGCCUUCCUCGUCUUCUCAGCUGCCAAAUAAAUCGAAAAUGCCGACUCCAAAUUCUCCUUGUCGGACUAAUUGCUCAUCAGGGAAUAUGCCGGUGAUGACUGAUCAUCGCAUAGGUGACUUGUCAUCACAACUGUCUGUCACUUCAAGCAAUUCCAAGUCUCCGUGUUCUUCAGAAAAUUCAACAACUUCAGAGAAGGAUGUGGAGCUGUCAUCAAUACAAACAGAUAAACAUGUACAUAAAGAUAGUCCUAUAAAAUUAUCACCCAAUCAAAGUAUGAUUAAAGCAAACAGUUCACGAAAUUCCCCACCCCAAUUAAAGUCUAUUUCAAAUCAUGAAGAUUGUGAUAAUAGUAAUGCUACUACUACUACUACCAAUAAUAAUAAGAACCAAUCAAGUCCAUCUUCUCCAUGCGUUCCAGUUGUUGUCGAUAAUGAAACUAAACCAAUACUCGUUAACGGAGAUGAAGAGAAGAACAGUAUUGAUUGUUCGAGUGUUGUUGUCGUUGAUAAAGAAUUAUUAAACAAUAGUCAUGCUGAUGAUAAUAUUGUUAUUAUUAACAGUAAGCAUACAACAAAUGGUCUUCGUGCUAGUGGUGGUGGUGGUGGUGGUGGUGGUAUCUUACAAGAAGCUGUUUUAGCUUUACAAGAUAAAAAAAUUAAACUGUCCACAGAACAAUCGAAAUCAGCUGAUGAUAAUAAACAACAGCAUAUCAAUGGUGUGUUGUAUACUGGAGAGACAAAAACUGAGACACCGAAUUCAAAUGUUGUUAAUACUGCCGAAUUGGAUGGUGGGAAAUCAAAUCGUAUGGUGGAUAAGUGUGAAGGGCUAGCGGUAGUGGCCAAUGAGAAAAAGUUGGAUAAAAACUCUUUAAGCAAUGGAUAUUUAACUGAUGACAUGCAUGUUUCAACAAAGAAUUGUAAUCUGUCUACCAAAGAUAUCAAUAAUAGUAAUAAUAAUAUUGAUUUGAUUAAGAAUAAUAACAACACUAACAACUCUAAUAAACUGGAGAAGAUAUCAAGCAUCAGUUUUCAAGCUAUGCAUCCUUCGAAUCGAUUUUUAAAACGUAGACGAAAAUGGGGUUCAAAGAGUCGUCUGUUUACACCAAAACGUCGACGAGAUCUUAUCAAUACUACUACCACUAAUAAUAAUAAUCUCAAUAGAGCAGUCACCAUGCAUUGUAAUACAUCCGCAUCGUUAAAUGCACCAUUGAAGUUAAAUCCUGUACCAGGCUCCGUGCUUGAUCCUACUUGGGAGCCUAAUGAUGAUUCACCGUCGAAUAAAUCAGUUGUCAGCAAUGAUGCCGGUGGUGGUGGUGGUUUAGGUGAGGUGGUGACCGCCACCAAUAGACCGUCGGCUGAUGAUUCUAAGAUGCCUACUACAAUAUCCACCGAAGUUAAAAAUCAAUUGAAUUCAUGUGAAAAAAAUGAAUGUAGAACUAGUGAAUCACAAGUGGAGUGCGGUGUAGAUUCCAUCAAUCCCGUCAAUCAACAUCAUCAUCAUGAUCAGGGGGCCAAAAGUUCAGAAGGUCAGUCUACAACAUCAGUCAACACGGAAAAGCCGGUAUUGUAUUUAUGCGAAUGGGAGUGUUGUACAGCGACAUUUGAACAAAGACACCUAGUUGCUCAACAUGUCUACUUAACACACUUGCCUAACAAGGAGACUUGGAAAUCGGAUAGUUCACAACAUCAUGCUAAUCACAAAUAUCCUGUUCAAUUGGUUCGUCGGUGUUGUCGUUGGCGUGGUUGUCAGUCUGCAUCACUUGCUCGUGCACCAUACGCUUUAAUGACUCAUGUACUUGAUAUGCAUUGUAGCCCAAAAGAAUUAGAAACAAGACGAUCAACCAAUAGUGAGCAAAGAAAGAUAACUGAUACACAAAGAGAACACUGUUAUGAUGUAAUGAAUCCAUCAUUAUCAACAGGCGUAGAUAUACUACACUCAGAAUAUCCAUAUGUUGGUGAUCGUUCAGCCUGGGCAAUUAUACGUUCUAUUGAAGCCAAAAGUGUACAAAAUGAUUUAUGGGCUGCUCAACAUCAUUUCUUUCUUACAAAUCCACAUUGUCAAUCCAAUAUGCCAGUAAAUCAUCCAUUUCUGCAUUCAGGUGUAAAUAAUAAUCCACCACGUGAAGGACCAGUAACAAAACAUCUUCGUGUCACUUCUGCUCUAAUUUUAAGAAAUUUAGUAUUACAUAUUGAAGAAGCUAGACAAUGGUUACUGAAAGAGUCACAACUUUUAUCCGAAAUAGCAUUUGGUUGUACACCUAGUGAAACAGGUUUAAGAACAAACAAUGCAGGGAAUAUUAUCGCUCAGUGUUUAUCAAUAUGUACAUUAAAGAAGAAGAAGAAUACGCCUAGUCCACCUAUUCAUCAAAACAUUCCUUCAACGUCUUUACAACCUCAUUCUCCUUCUAAUGCCACCUGCUCCUCCUCCUCGUCAAGGAUUCAGUCCGUUGAAUUCACCAGUCACCAUCAUCACCGUCGCCAGUAUGUUGAAACAACUGUCGACUUGGAUUCGGAUGUUUUUUGUAAUUAG